AUGAAGAUUAUCUUAUGCUGUUUACUUGGCUUACUUACUAUCAUUUUUUCCUUUGCUUCUGCUGCUGCAGAGGAUCAUUACCAUCAAUUUGUUAUUCAAACUGCAACGGUGAAUAGGCUGUGUAAAACACGAAACAUACUCACUGUAAAUGGACAGUUUCCUGGCCCAACAAUUGUAGCUAGAGAUGGAGAUUCUAUGGCGAUCAAAGUAACAAAUGCUGGACCUUACAAUAUCUCCCUCCACUGGCAUGGAUUUAGGAUGUUGAGAAAUCCAUGGGCAGACGGGCCUAGUUAUGUGACUCAAUGUCCAAUCCAACCAGGUGGAAGUUACACAUACCGUUUUACAAUACAAAAUCAAGAAGGAACACUAUGGUGGCAUGCUCACACUGGUUUCUUAAGAGCAACUGUUUAUGGUGCUUUCAUUGUUUAUCCAAAAUUGGGUUCUUAUUUUCCUUUCAAUAUUCCAAAUAGAGAAUAUCCCAUCCUUCUUGGGGAAUGGUUUGAUAGAGAUCCAAUGACUCUCUUCAAACAGACACAAUUCACAGGAGGAGCUCCAAAUACAUCGGUUGCAUACACCAUAAAUGGUCAACCCGGAGAUCUCUACCAAUGCUCAAGUCAAGGAACUAUACGUUUUCAAGUAAAUGCAGGAGAAACAAUUCUCUUAAGAAUCAUCAACAGUGGACUCAAUCAAGAACUCUUCUUUUCUAUUGCAAACCACAGAAUGACAGUUGUUGCAAUGGAUGCUGCUUACACAAAACCUUCCACAACCGGAGUCCUCAUGAUCGGACCAGGCCAAACAAUCAACGUCCUCGUCACAGCCGAUCAACCGCCCGGCCGCUACUACAUGGCAGCUCACGCUUACCAAACAGCCAUGAACGCCGCAUUCGAUAACACAACAACAACUUCAAUUCUUCAAUACAACAAUGCACCAUCUUCAAGACCUAUUUUACCUGUUUUACCGGCUUUUAACGACACAGCAACUUCAACUGCAUUCACAUCAAGGAUUAGAGGACUUUCCAAAAUUCAAGUGUUUCAAAAUUUCGAUGUGAGCUUAUUGUUCACUGUAGGGUUAGGGUUAAUAAACUGCACAAACCCGAAUAGUCCAAGGUGUCAAGGACCGAAUGGAACAAGAUUUGCAGCAAGCAUAAACAACAACUCUUUUGUUCUUCCUAGAACAACUUCAUUAAUGCAAGCUUAUUAUCAAGGAAUUCCUGGCGUUUUUACCACAGAUUUUCCUCCGGUUCCUCCCAUACAGUUCAAUUAUACAGGAAAUGUUCCUAGGGGUUUGUGGACUCCUAGAAAAGGAACUAAGUUGUUUAGAGUGAAAUAUGGUUCAAAUAUUCAAAUUGUUUUGCAGGAUACUAGUAUAGUAACAAUUGAGGAUCAUCCUAUGCAUGUUCAUGGGUUCCAUUUCUUUGUAGUUGGUUCGGGUUUUGGAAAUUUUAAUCCAAGAACAGAUCCGGCAAGGUUCAACCUGGUGGAUCCACCCGUGAGGAACACUAUUGGCACGCCUCCGGGUGGAUGGGUCGCCAUUCGUUUCAAGGCUGAUAAUCCAGGAAUUUGGUUCUUGCAUUGUCACAUAGAUUCACAUCUGAGUUGGGGUUUGGCAACAGCACUUUUGGUAGAAAAUGGAGUUGGCCCAUUACAAUCAGUGAUACCUCCACCACCAGAUCUGCCCCAAUGUUGA